CCCGUAUAAAUUCGUCCCUGCUUUUGAAUCGAACCAUCUAUAUAAUAUUUGAAUCUUUUUUUUUUUUUCAAGAAUGAUGUGUGUAUAAUAGAUAAUUCUAAUCACUCUGAACCUAUUAAUCUAGAUUAUGAAAUUGAAGGUUGUAUGCCUUUUAUUGACAUUAUACUCAACUGUAGCUUUCUUGUGGAUUUGAUUUCUACUUCAGUGGCGGAUGCAGCACUUCGACUGCAGGGUCUGUAGAGGCACUUGAUUCUGUUUGGAAUGGCGGGUGGCAACAGAAUGCAGCCCGUGCUGCCUAAAACCCUUAAAAAUGUUGAUCCAAGGAGAAGAAGACUUCGCCGACAUAAGAGUGCUCCUAUGGCGGAAUUUGUUCCUGGAGAAAUGAAUGACACAAAGGACAACCAAUCACUCCCACGUUACGAAUCAAUAUUGGAUAAACUCCAUCCGAGUUUUAGGAGAGUCAUUCUUUACUUGGUUAUAUAUGUGACUAUUGGUACCACGUGCUUUUACUUUGUUCAGAACCAGAUCAAGGGAAAGAAAGUAAAUGGGGUACUUGAUUCUGUUUACUUUUGUGUUGUGACAAUGACCACUGUCGGAUACGGAGACCUCGUGCCUGACAGUGCAACUGCUAAACUGCUUGCUUCUUUCUUUGUUUUCUCCGGAAUGGCAUUUGGCGGAAUGGUUCUUAACAAAGGAGCAGACUAUUUAGUGGAGAAACAGGAAAAACUAUUAAUUAAAGCAAUGCAUAUGCGUGAUAAAGCUGGUCCGAGUGAAAUUGUGGAGGAAAUCAAAACAAACAAAGUAAGGGACAAGUGCAUCCUCAUAACGGCCUCUCUCAUGGUGCUAAUAGUUGUUGGAACGGUGUUCCUUGCCAAGGUAGAAAAGUUAAGUACUAUUGAGGCAUUUUAUUGUGUCUGUUCUACCAUCACAACGCUAGGAUAUGGAGACAAAAGCUUCUCAACUAAAGUGGGGCGUGUUUUUGCUAUAUUCUGGAUUUUGACUGGAACCAUAUGUGUGGCUCUGUUCUUUCUUUAUGCUGCUGAAUUUAACACAGAAAGGAGACAGAAGGAUCUGGUGAAAUGGGUUCUUACAAGAAGGAUGACAAAUGUGGACUUGGAAGAAGCUGAUCUUGAUAAUGAUGGGGUUGUAGGGGCUGCUGAAUUUGUGGUUUAUAAACUUAAGGAGAUGGGGAAGAUCAACCAAGACGACAUAUCACUUUUGUUGGAUGAGUUUGAAAGUCUUGAUAUCGAUCAAUCUGGAACUUUGUCAACCGCAGAUUUGACACUUGCCCAAUCAUCUUGAAUUGGAAUACGAUUUCAGUACUGCCUAAAAUUCCAUGUUCAGCUACGGUGUUACCCUGUUUCCACGAGCUUUUGUGAGUCUUUCUUGGACCAGUAUGUUCUUUACCACACCUGCAGAGCCGCAUUGAGUCUGGAACGCUAUUUCCUCGUAUCUUGAGUGUUUUUGUACAAGUAAUUAGUCAUUUCCAUCCUAAUUUAGCACCCGAGCGAUUAUCACACUAUCCAGUUCAUAGAAUGCACUAUAUACAUGCAGCGUAAAAGUACAGUUAUUGUGGCUUUGCUGGUGGGCUACUUAACUUGGUAAUUGUAAUCUGAUUUGAGCUUCUCCUAAAUGUUUACAAAAACCGUGAAGUGCCUUUUUUUGGUGGAACUUGUAAGCCGCUGAGCCAUUUGAUGUUUCAAUAUACGAGUGAUGUAGAUUUACGGA